CUGUUCAAUCCUCACCUCUGUGUGAUCAUCCUCUUUCGCUUCUCUACACUCGUUUGAGUCAUCCGCGGACUUGCUGAGCACAAGCGACUGGCUUUGCCGCCAAAUCUUUGUCGACAUGUACUCCUCAAGGAUACAGCCAGCGCAGAUCCUGGCGCGCGAUUUUGUCUACACAGCCGAACGUGCCAAGAUCGUCCUCUGGGUAUCCAUCGCACCGACAAUUGCUGCAUUGAUAGGAUCUCUGGUUGUUCUGGCGCUUGCGUUCUUGAUAUGGUUGAGGCCAGUGUCGAGGAAGUCGUUGCAGAGGCAGAGCUUGCAGAUGCUUCUGUGGGUCCAGGUGAUGAGUUUGAUAUACAACGCGACGUUCCUAGGAGAAGUGUUGAUUACGGGCCCCACGCCGUGGUGUAACGUCGUGAUUAUUUUCACUCUCUUUGCAAGCAAUUUUAUUGACUUCGUCGUCAUGCUCAUCCCUGUCAACCUUCAACUCGCCCUCGUACACGGUAUUCGAACAGAAGGCUGGAUGCGAUACUAUCUCAUCGGCUCUUUCCUCGCCGCAGUUGCCACCGCUAUCCCAGGAGCCGUCAAGGACGUCUGGGGCUGGGAUCCUCUCUCCCUCAUCUGUUGGAUCUCCAUCACAGAUAUCAGAGAACGUAAUUCCUGGGAAGUAGGAUCUUUCUAUGCCUGGCUCAUCACUAGCAUGGUCAUCGCAACAUUUUCCACCCUCGUCGUCAUCGUUCACCUGGCUCGCUAUGCGUAUAGACGGGAUAGGAAGUUCAGCUUGACGGGCGGGACCGGAAGUAGCAGUGGCGCAAUUGUGAGGGCGUUGUCAUGGAGGAUCACGCUGUAUCCUUUCAUCUUGAUCGUCAACAAUUGCAUAUCUGCGGCUGCUAACUUCGCGAUCUCGGGCACUGGCGGUAUCGAGUCCGAGUCUACUUUCAUCAUCUGGUGCAUGUCUCAGUUCUUCUACGGUGCACUGCCACUCUUCUAUGCUCUCGUCUCCAUCUUCGUCGAUCCUUCAUUUUCUCGUGCCGUCCGAGAUCUUGUCACCGGUCGUGCACCAACAAAUUCAUGGUCCCAAUCCGUCGAAAUGUCCACUCACCGUCGUGCCACAACUAUCCAAGUCGAACUCUCACGCCAAAUCAUCACCGAUACCGGCGAAGCCCUCGACGAUUACCCAAUCCAAGAUGUCAUCGCUACCGCUACGUUCCAACUGCCAAAAAACGCGAGAAAUAGGGAUGUAGAAAGAGACGGGGAGACGGAUGGAGAGGGAGAUGGUAAGGAUAGUGGGGUUGUUGGAGAGGGAGAGAGCGAGUAUGUUGUCAGUGGGAUGGAUGGCGAGGGUGAUAUGGAUGAGGACGGGAAGGGCCAGAAGGUGACGAGGAUUAAAAUUCAGGCAGGUGUGGGAAGGGAUGGGAAUGCACCGAUGGGGAUGUCGAUGAGAGGUGGGAGGGGAGAGGCAAGAGGAGAGUUGACGGAUGCGAUGCAGAGGAGGAUUCAGGAGGCUAGGGAUAAUCUGAGGGCGGAUUUGAACCAGCUGUAGACCUUUCCUGGACGAUCGUGUUUGGAUUCUUUCUGUUUUUUUUUUUUUUGCUCUCGUUUUGUGGGUCGUUAUCGAUGAUUGUUGUACUUUCUUGUACGCGGAAUCUCCUGUUGUUGUUACCCGUAGUUACGCCAUGUCCGUUACGUUCCAUCGCCAGUGAAUGCUCUGUCUACUGUAAUGCUGUCUCCCAGGUAUAAAA